UUAGUUUUGUUGAAAUGGCUAAGUGUGAUAGUACAGCUAGAGAUUUUGUGUUAUCUGUAUUUUCAAGUAAUAUAGCCAUUCUAUGUACACAUGAUGUCGAAAUACUAUCUCAAAAAAAUAAAUUAACCUUUGUAGAAAUGUUACAAAAAUUUAGUCAGUUACCAUUAGAAGCUCAAAUAAAAGAUCCAAAUGGAAAUGUUUUAAAUAUUCAAAAUUUUUAUAUGAAAUUCAUUGAAAUGAAAAAUCAAUGUAUUCAACCACUUAUUGCUAAAAAGCUUUUAAAUGAAGCUGUUUCAAAAUAUAUUACCAAUGUUAAUGCAGAUGACACAAUUUCAAUUGAAUCUAUUAUGCAGAAAGACACAAAUAUUACUGAAUUUUCAAAUGCCCCAUUUAUUGAAAAAACCAUUUUAUCACAGAAUAAAAUCAAUUGUGGCAUAUAUAAAAUUAUGUAUCCAUUAUGCACCCCUUGGUUUGAUGAUUACAGAAAUACCUUUUUCCAUGUGAUGCUUUGUAGUGAGCAUGAAUACCUAAGACAUUUUAUAGCCUGUAUAUUUGUAGUGAGUUCAAAUAGCACAGAUCCAUUGGCUGAUUUGGAUAACCUUGUAAAGCAGCAAUUAGAACACCAGGGUAACCGCAAUCUUCCUCCUUAUUCUCCUCCCACUAAUACACAAUCAUCCAAUCGACCCAAUACAAUCGAUUACAACAAAAUCAAUAAUCCACCUUUCCCACUCAAUAGCAGUGUAUCAACAUCCUCUAUAAGUACAACCAUGCAUCAUGGGAACUAUAAAUGGUUCUGCCCCAAUGUUUUUCACUUUCAUGUUAUACUGCAUGACCCUAGUGAGGCUGAUGAUUCAAAAACUCAAACUUUAUACGAAAAUAUGAAAAAUAUGUACGGAAAUCACUCGUGCCAUUUGUUGAGAAUCAAUGAUUAUAAGAAUUCCUUGUUAACGAAAAGGGUCGAUAAACGCGAGAAUCCAAUUUUGAAUGGAGGAACAGAUAUUCAACUCAAAUCUUUGGAAGAAGCCUUGCUCGAAGCAACAAGUCACCCACUGCAAUUUAGUGAUCCAUUGUCCUCACAACCUCAGGAAUCCCUAAAAUCUCAACUAAACAUAUCUUCUACCAUGGACUUCAAUAAUACCGAUUUCAAUAAUCAAUCAAAUAUUGAUAUUCCUAAAUCAUCGAACAUUGCCAAUGUAAAUGAAUCAAUCGGCGUUAAGAAUGAAGGAGUGAUCGAUACAGAACGAUUAGAGAACACGGAUGCUAUGGACAGUAAAAACGAUUACAACCAAUUGGCCGUGAAGAAUCUUUUGACAGAAUUCUGUUUGAAGGGAUUAUUCCCUUGGGCCGAACGGCAGAUGAGGCUAUGGAAUGAACAAAUUCAAUCACGAAGGGGCUUACAUAAAUCAUUUAUCUCGGCCACCAAAAAGUGGUUUUCCGUGGGCAAAAAUCCCGCCACUAAUACCAGUUACCCAAGUCAACAAAAUGCAUCCACAUCUGUCUUGUAUAAUUUUGAUUCACUCGAGCUUCAAACGCGGCAGCUAGCUGACCUGUCCUUCUUGUUCCAAUGUUUCCAAACUGCUUACAGCCUUUAUCACACUGCCAAAAAGGAUUUUCAAUCUGACCAGGCCUGGAUAUAUUACGCUGGGGCUGUUGAAAUGGCCGGUAUAUCCUCCUAUAUGUUGGGCACCAUCGCCACUCAAUUUCCGUUUCAUUAUCUUGAUUCCGCCAUCAAUACAUACUUAUCCGUUUGCAAUCUGCCAAUUUUCGCUACCCGCGCUACCCUAUUUAGUACGGAAAUUUUGAAAUCUUUUGGGUUUUACACAGAAGCAGCCAUGAAUUUUCUCAAGCUCACAUCGGAGGAGUCUGAUCUUCGGAGCGCGUUAUUUCUCGAACAGUCGGCCUUAUGCUUUUUGAAGAUUAAGAAUAACCACAAUCGUAACCCUAUGAUACGUAAAUACGGGUUUCAUUUGAUUUUGGCGGGAAAUAAAUAUUUCAAAAUUUCGGACGAAAACUCGAACUCCACUUACCAGAACCAUCAGAACAGGCACCUAAUCGCUUUCAAAUAUCACGGCCUUCGGUGUUACAACCUAGCGCGAAACAUUUUCAAGGAUACUCAAGGGUGGAUCUUCCUGAAUGAUCACAUUACGUUUACUUUAGCCAAGCAUUUAUGGACUAGACGACCCCUCGCAAGCUUAUCCGAUGAUCCCACGUCCAUCAAAAACGACGCCCAGUCGAAUUUCGACACCCUGACGAAGAGCGAAAAGUAUUUGGCGAGCCUAUUCAAACUUAAUCGCGUUUAUUACGAAAGUAGUUGUCAUGACAAUAAUGGCAUAAACUGCGAAACCUUGAGUAACUUUUUCGGUUGCCACAAACCAUUUGUGGGUAUUGAUUCGGACGUCAAAUCGCAUAGCGUUAGCACUCAAACAAAAUAUUUUAAGGAGUUGAUAGCUCUAUACAACGAACUCAGAAAUACGAACUCUAUGUACGAUAUUGAUAUACCGGUGCCAAUCAUCGAUUGCCCAAACAUUAAAAUUUCCUUGCCAGACGUUCUUUACGAAAAUUAUCCUGAAAACGCCGCCUCCCAAACCUGCCCCACUAACUUAGCCAACAGCUUGGAACGGUUUUGUUACAAAUCGGCCAGCGACUCUUUACUCAAAGACAUCACUAAUAACGACACGAAUUUAAAUUCCAACACCCCCGUUCCUACUAAUCUUAGGCACUUCUCAUCCCAUUACGAUAACUCGACUUGUAACCAGGAGCCAUGUAUCGUUUUCGCUAACGAAUCCUUUAGAAUAGACGUACCUAUCCAAAACACCUAUAAGCUACCUCUCGUCCUUUCCGGCCUUCAGUUAACGGGCCACUUCAGCGAUAACGCUUCCUUCAUCAUUCAAUCUAACAAAAUUACGACCCGCACCUUCGAAGAUAUCGGUGACUCCGAGCUAUGCGGAAAUGAAUCAAGCAACACCUCUUCUACUAACAUUCCCAAAUCUUAUAACGAAGAUAGGAAAAUCGUGGAGCUGAAUUCGGUUAUACAACGCGAAAUUUCCGCCUUAAAAGAAAACAUAAUCAAGCCCUACCUUCAAAAUAAAGAUUAUGAUAAUAUACAGCAAUGGGUCCAGGUAGAACCUAUGGGCGAUAUAUUAGUUCCGGCUCAACAAACCAAAUUGAUAUCCCUCUAUCUCACGCCCGGAAAAAUCGGUUAUUUCAGGAUCGACGGAUUUAAAUAUCGACUCGUGUUCCCCUUCCCGGCAUCGGUCGGAUCUAAACCGCCUUCUACAAAUUUUAACCAAACCGUUUCCCCGCUAAAAUCCGAAUCCGUUUUUACUCGCAAUUCUUACGACGAAUCGUCCAAUAAUCCGGAAAAUAGUUCGACCGGUUACACCUCCGCAAAACCGUUCAUUACCGUCAAAAGAUGUGUAAUGUGUCCCGGCAAACGACUAAACGCUACAAAUCAUCAGAAGAAAACGCUAACUUAUUCCAUCGACAAAAGACUGGAAUUUUAUGUUAGACCGCCUAUCCCUUUCCUCAAAGGGGAAUUGAAAGGUCUCCCGUCCAUCAUCUAUGACGGUCAACUGAUAGAAGACUGCUAUCUGGAAAUAGCGUCCGAUAUUAGGCAGUCAGCUCCGACCAACAUUUUGUUUCCAAACAAUUUAAACGGGAUAAAUUUGUCUCCGCCAUCUUUACCCAUCCAUGUUAUAGUAGCCAGCGAUAACAAAUUGGCUCAUUCAUACGCCGCGACUGUCACGGACUGCAGAAAAUUUCCCAGAAUUCCUACCAUUCUUCACGCGUACACGUCCGAUAAUACUACGUUCAAUCAAGUCAAGGCCAAAAACGAUCGUAUCGAAGUGGACGGGGGCGACAAUUAUGAUCAGAGCCGUUACAUCGUGAGUAAAGAUUGCGAUAAAAUUUACUUCCCGAUCUCUUUGUACAAUAAUCUUAUGGCUAGAGCUUCUGGCAUAGUUCAAGAAGAUGAUAAUCCUCAAAUCUUUGAAGAAGAGGAAGAUCACUGUAUUAAUAAAGCGAAUCAGAAUUUUUUAGCGGACCGUAACAAGCUCACCUCUACUACCAAUUCUAAUCAACACAUUUUAAAAGAGGAAGACGAGAUACGCUGUGACCUUAUUAUUUUUAAUUAUUCUCAGUAUGAAGCCAAUAACAAUGUCAUUAACGAUGAUCAUCUCAUCAAUUAUAGAGCCUUUUCCAUACCAAUUCGCGUUAAGUCCUACCCUUCCAUAAGCAUUAAGACCCAAAUUGUCGUGAGCCAAUUGGACAUCAGAGAUGUUAACGUGUUUCUGGAUAUGCAAAACAUGACCAAAGAAACGGACGAUAAAAUUAUGGAGAUAAGUGUGCACAAAAUUAUACUAGUCAGUUCGUCGUACAAAUUUUUAUCCAUCAACAGUAAUUCACAAGGCAUGAACGAUUUCAAGAUCAAACCAUGUGAACAUAUGAGAAUAUGCAUUAAAGGCAAACAUUUAGAAGACAAUAAAGCUAUUUUAUUCUCCGACAUAACGUCGAAUAUUAUAACCACCCAAUCGGGUAAACUCUUAUCGAACUGUGAUAAUAUAUCCCCAAAAUUUACCAGAAUGUUAAACAAAUGCAACCAAUUCCUUAGAUUGUCAACCAAAGGGCGUGCCAUCUCAUUGUAUAUACACUGGACGGGCUUGAUGGUAGAUGAAAACGGUGCUCGUAAUGACGUACACGGCGUACAUUCUUUUCAAGAUAUAUUACCCCCUUGCCUUUAUAGAUUACCUACACUCCCACCUUUCUUCAAGGAAAUCGCAAAUCAUUCCAACGCCAACACUCCCGUGAUAGAUAAAAUUUUCGCUUACUCCCUAAGGUUUCCUACCUUGUCUAUAUCAAAUGAUGUCGUCAAAAAUUUCCGGCUAGAACUACACCUUUCAAAUUUAUCUCAGACAGUUUCCCUUUACAUCGAUAUAAGCGUAUCAGAGCCUAACCCAAAUCUAUCCAACGGUUCCUUCCUUUACACCUGGGUAGGCAAGACCCGUCACGAAAAUAUUCAUCUACCUCCAUUGGCGAUCGUCGAUAUCCCUUUACGCGCUGCCCUGAUAAUUAGAGAGUAUUCAUCAAUCUCACAAUUUUCUACCUCGUGGAGGAAUACCUUAAAAAUCGAAAAUAUUCACCUUGACCUGAAGGCUUUCGACGCCAAUAACAAAGGCGGGAGGAUUGUAAACAUCGGAAAAAUUUCCGUUGGAGAAGUGGCUAUUGACGCGUCCUCCGGAAUGGGAGAAGCUAAUAACGUCGAGAGCGAGUACUCUCUGUGCAAUUCGUGCUUUGUGCAAAUUGAGUAGCAAUUUUUGUCGAAAUUUGUCUUUGUUUAAAAUCCGAGCGAGUUACAAAAGUGAGAGAAAGGAAGAAAAACGCGCAUAGAAAAUCGUUUAUUUAUACAAAAUUACACCAUAAUUUAUUUGUGUAAGGAUAACGCGCCAAAAAUUUUAAUAAACGAGAAAAUUAUAAUUAUUGAACAUUUUGCAUUCCCAUUUAUUUAUACGUUUAAUUUAUUGGUCCGAAAUAAAA